GCCUCAUGACUUGCUGACGACGGCGAGCAAAAUGCACGGCUCUCGCCGCACGGCAAACCUGCAGCCGGGCGACUAUGACCACGAGAUCACAAUCACGGACGACGAAGCGGCCCAGUCGCUGCGAGCCACGAGCUCCGUGUCUGUAGGCGGAGACCUGGUUCCCACGAACACCUCGACGCGCCUGCUCUCCUCCGAUGGAGAGCCGGAGACGGAGCAAGGCCAGGAGCAGCAGCCGCCAGACGGUCGCGAGACGGAGCGCCGAGAUCACGCUCAUCUACAUCCGAGUGCAUCAAAGGGGAAAGAUGGCGCUACGACAUACCAGGCAACCGCAUUGGAGACUACAAGCGAAUUAGGCCAGUCGCAUUCUAGCGUGAGGCCGUCGAUUGAGAUUCGGGCGCCAAGCGUCGAGAAUUCGCAGCACACGUCGAACUGGGAUGCCCGCUCAAGGCCAAAGUCGAGGGAGAAGCCAGAAACGGCCAUAGACAUUCUCUACGAAAAUGAAAGAGGAGGGUUCAUGUGUGGCAUUCCCUUGUUUUCCAGCGCAGCCCUCGGUUGCCUUGAUCCCACCCCCUGGACCAACGCAUACCACCAUCCAUCCCCCACGGACAUUCAUACGGCGCAAGUUCCCGAUCCUUCAUGGGAGUGGGUAUGGCCCGAAUGGCGCAUCAACCACCAAGACGGCAUGGAUGAAGGCGGCUGGGAGUAUUCUUUUGCCUUUCAGAGGCCCUUCUCCUGGCAUGGGCCAACAUGGUGGAACUCGUUUGUCAGGCGCCGUGCUUGGAUCCGCAUGAGAGCAAGGAGGCGACCUGAAGACUUGCCCGCCGAUCCAAACUUGCUUGCGGGAGUGGACUAUUUCAAGAUUCGCCCGGCAUCCGUUCUCGGACCUCCUUUGCCUGGCAGUGUGGCCGGUAGCAGGGUCCCAAGCAGGGUCCCGAGCAAGGUCAGUCUGACGCAGGCAUCAUCUGCUGGGCACGAACGGGAGCGGCCGGACAUUGAGGACAUGGACAUGCUUCUUCAGGCCCUCCGCUCUGCCAGGAUUGACCGAGAGAAGUGGGAGGCCAUCGAGAACUACGUCGAACACGCCAUAGACCUCUCAGAGCUGCAGCACAAGAUGCACGAGAUAAUGUCUCUCUUCGUCUUUCAGCAAUCGCGCAGGCAGCUGCUGUCGUACCUCAUGCAGAAGCAUGAUGAGAUUGCCAAGGCGUGGGAAGAGGACAAGAGCCCGGAACUGAAGCGACGCAAGGAGGCCCUCGAUGCUGCGACCAAGCACGCUGAAGAGGAGGUCUGCAAGCUGGCCUACUGGAGCGAUGUUAAGCAGAUGGCCGAGAGCGGAGAGCUGCGAGACGUGGUUGACUCUUGCGAGGGGCUGGGAACCGAUGCGUGGCAGGGCCUGGAUAAGAGUGCUCCAGAGCCUCCCCGGAACGGCAAGAUGCCGCAGAAGGCGGCGGCAGAAGCAGCGCGCGCCAAGAAGGCCCGGAACCGCAUGUUCAGACAGGCCUUCACGGACAGGAGCCCGGCGCGGCUGCGGGACGCAGAGCGGAAGCUGGCCUCGCCGUACGUGCCCACGGUGCGCGACUAUCCGUCGGCAUAUGCCGCCAAGGAGAGCAGGACGCACGCGCUGCAGGUGGCGAGGGUGCAGGUCGCGUUCGACGAGAUCUGGCGGCACUUUGGCCACGGCAUCCCGGACUGGAGCGAGACGUUCAACCUGCUCAAGAGGAUGAUGACGAGGCGGAGCGAGCCGUCGAGCAUGGCCGCCAUGCGCAUCGUCCUGCCCAAGUCGUGGGCGCUGGAGCUGGGGAGCAAGAAGAUUGAGUUUGUGGACUCGACGACGGGGCUGCUGGCCAAGCUGCGCGUCUCGUCGGACCACCAGGACCCCUCCGCCAUCAUCCUGCGGGGGAAGAGCUCGGUGCUGGCCAACGCCGCUGAGGAGCUGGUGGCCGCGUGCAAGGACGUCGAGGUCUACAAGCUCGGCGAGGUCGCGGCCUUUGGGUACGAGGUGCAGCGCCUCUGGCCGGGCAUCGAGGGCGCGGCGGACGGGGGCUCGCUCAUCCCCGACGACAAGCAGGACAACAUCUGGGUGCAUCAAGAGUACCAGACGUACUGGAUCGACACGCCGUACGAGGAGGCGCCCAGGCCGGAGAUGUGGACGAUGGAGAACCUCGACGGGUACAUCAGGAUGCUUGUCUGCGGUCGGCUUCGUCCGCACCUCGCCCUGCGCUAUUAUGCAAAGCCGGAGAAGGACGGCACCUUUGUCGACACGGACGGCAUCAGGGUCCAGCUCAUCAUGGCCGCGCUCACCGAUGAAGACGCCAAGGCCUGCAUCACGCCGUCGAUCCUCAAGAUGGCCAUGUCGUUCAUGGCGCAUAAAGGCGGCCACCGAGCCGACGCAGAUCGGCUGCUGACUCUGGCCGAGGAAUGGGGCAUACCCCUGGACACCGAGGCCUACAACAUCAUGCUCGAGGGCUACGUCACCAAGCGCGACGUUGCCUUCUUCCAUAAGCUGCUCCUCAAGAUGCAGCAGCGCUACUUCCAGCCCAAUGCCCGGACGUGGCUGUUGUUCCUCGAGCUCGUCGAAAAGGAGAUGGAAAGGAGGCAAAUCAUUGUUGCCAUGUACGACCUCGGGCUGUUCAAGGACCCGGCCACCCGCCGAGGAAUCGCCCGGAUCAUGGCCACGCACGACGCCUACGUUGCGUUUCGCUCCGGCAAGCGACUGGACGCCUUCAUGGCGGAGCAAAAGUCGCGCUACGGGGACGACUGGUUCACCACGGACGCCAUGAACAGCAUCCUGACCGAGUUCUUCCGCUUCCACGAGCGUUCCCACCGCCGCUUCGACGACUUCCGCGGCCUCAUCGAGAAGCAGUCCGAGGACGGCCGCAAGGUGGGCACCGACACCAUCAACCUGGUGCUCGAAAAGUGUUUAGUCUACAAGGACUGGGACACGGCCGUCUGGGCGCUCACGAAGCUGCACGAGUCGGGCUGCGAGGCGGACCACCUGACGUACCAGUACGUGAUCCGCCUGGCCAUCCGCCUCCACCUCCCGCACGCCCUCGGCGUGGCCGUCUUCUACGCCGCGCUCGAGUACAAGCUGCGGGACGUCACGCGCGUCAUCCUCCGCCGCCUCCUCCUCGGCCACGCCAAGGACGCCUUCUGGCUGGACCACAGGCCCUUCAUCAUGACCAAGGACAUGGGCCGCCUCCUCAUGGAGAACAAGGCCCAGGGCAUCUCCCGCGUCGUCUCCCGCGUGGAGUGGGCCAUCAACACGGCCUGCGAGGGCUACAAGCCGUCCAAGCCCCUCGCAAAGGUGCUCGACCUCGCGCAGAGGACGAGGGACCGGCCGCUGCAGCUGAGGCGCGCGUUUCCGGAGAAUUUCACGUAUGAAGGGGCGCACGACGCGAAGCAGGACAUGGCCCUGCGGAUGGAGAGGAUACAGGAGGAGGAAGGGGACGAGAAGAAGCCGGUGAAUGUGUUUUUGACGUGGCACUUUGAUCCGCGGACGAUGGUGAAGAGGUGGGAUGAGGAGAAGGAGAUGAAGGCUCGGGAGUGGUUCGAUCGACAUGUCAAGAAGGAACUUUAG